AUGGUUUCAUUCAAAACGACGGGCAUCGUCGCCGCUGCGGCUCUUGCCACGCUCGCUCAGGCCGAUUACCAGAUUGACCCAUCCACAGUGCCCCUUGCUACCCGACAGCGAUGGUGUCGUGACGAGAAGCUCACCUGCCCCUUGAUCUGCCAGCAGACCGAGCCGCGCACUACCCUUGUCAACGACUGCGACCCUGAGACCCUGCAGUACGGCUGCCUCUGCGGCGACAACAAGCAGCCUAACGUGUCCGAGUACAGCCUGAGCAUGCCCUACUACGUCUGCACCGAAUGGGGCCGCCAGUGCGUCGCCAAGUGCAACAACAAUAACGUGUGCGCCUCCGACUGCCUCCAGAACCACCCGUGCGGCGCGACCAACCCGCAGCGCCAGAACGCCUCGGCAACGUCGACGCAAGGGGCAACGGCCACCCAGACCGGCAGCGACGGCCUCUACACCGGGCCGCCCGGCUCGAGCAGCGACAAGAAGACCGGCGCGGGCUCGGCCCUUGAGGCCGGACGCUCGUGGGGAUUCGCCGUGGUGUUUGUCGGCAUGUUUGCUGGCUUCGCCAUGCUGUGA